CGAAGAAGGAAAACACAUGAAGAGCAAGGACCUGCAAUCUCGUUUUACUAGACGAAAACAGUGUCGUUUCUGUUGGCUACCUCUCUAGUUCCUCGCAGUUUCUUUUCCCUCCCUUUGUUUCCCUUUACUCUGCAUCCACAGUGCAGCUUCCAUUAGCCCGAGUAGAUCCCUUCUUUUAAGCCACCCUAGACCGGAACUUCCGGUUAACCUCCGCUCCCAUACCAAAAAACCGAAAGCCUUUACUCUGCUAAUUUACUCUCUCUGCUCCUAUCAUGGCGUCUUCUUCUCUCCUCCCGGUUUCCGGGAGUUCAAAUGAGAUUCCAAGUAUAAGAAGCAAUCUUUCUUUUGGCACUUCAUGUGAACUGGAUUUUGAAGUAGAAACUUUAAAUUCAGAGGGUCAAUACAAGAAAAGAAGAACCUCUCUAAAAAGUGAGCCACGGUGCGAGGAUUUCAGAAUGGUCGAAGCUUUGUUGCCCACAUUGCGUUCAGUAGAUUAUUAUAUGGAACCUUGUUUGAUGGACCUGGCUGCUCGGGAAGUUGUGGAUCCUGGAUAUUGCAGUCGGGUCCUGGAUUUCACUGUUGGAAGGUUUGGUUAUGGACGUGUUAAGUUUCUCGGGAAGACUGAUGUUAGGAGGUUAAAUUUAGAUCAGAUUGUGAAGUUUAAUAGGCAUGAAGUAAUUGUAUAUGAAGAUGAAAAUGCUAAGCCUAUGGUUGGUCAGGGCCUUAAUAAGCCCGCUGAAGUUUCUUUGACUUUAAAACUAAAAUUGUUGGAUUUUAACAAGGGACGGAUCAAUGAUGUUGUAGAGAAAUUGAGGGAGAGUAUGGAGAGACAGGGAGCUGAAUUUAUUUCAUUUGAUCCUGUAAUUGGAGAAUGGAAGUUCUUGGUUUGCCAUUUUAGCAGAUUUGGAUUGAGUGGCGAUGAUGAAGAAGAUAUCACAAUGGAUGAUGCGGCAGAAGUUCAAGAUCCUGCUGAGAUGAAAGGUGGUGAGAUUGUUGAUAUGGAUGAAGAAACCCCAGAAGAAGUAGAAGCUAAUGAACCAGUUCUUUAUCAUUCUCUUCCUGCACAUCUUGGUCUUGACCCAGUAAGAAUGAAUGAAAUGAGGACAUGGAUGUUUCCUGAUGACGAAGAAGAAGUUGUUGAGGAUUUGAUUGGUCUACGUCAGAAAUUUCCUUACAAUAAAGAAAGCAUUGGGUCUCCUCUACAGAAUUCCACUCAGAGGAUGAGCCAUAGAGCUAGUUCGCCUGUCAUGAGGAAAACACCUUUAGCACUGCUUGAGUACAAACCUGGCAGUUUCGAUUCCAGCUCCCCCGGAACCAUUCUGUUGGCCCAACAACAUAAGGGCCUGACUUCAAAGAUGAUGAAGGGAGUAGGCUUUACGCUGAACCUGGAGCAUGAAACACCAAUAAGUGGAAGCCAUUCUUGCAACAUUGUUGAUGCAGGUUUAUUCAUGGGCCGUUCCUUUCGUGUUGGUUGGGGCCCAAAUGGAGUCCUUGUUCAUUCUGGUGCUCCAGUUGGAGGUAAUAAUUCUCAGAGGUUUCUAUCUUCUAUUAUCCAUGUAGAGAAGGUUGCGCUUGACAAAGUGGUCAGAGAUGAAAAUAAUAAAUCCAGAAAGGAACUAGUUGACUUUUCUUUUGACUCACCUUUGAAUCUCCACAAGGCAAUAAACCGUGAAACAAAAGAAGUUGAGAUGGGUUCAUUUAAAUUGAAGCUUCAAAAGGUUGUUUCUAAUCGCUUAAUGCUUUCAGAAAUUUGUCGGAGUUAUAUAGACAUUGUUGAGAGGCAGCUGGAGGUUCCAUGGCUUUCAUCCUCUGCGCGAUUGGUUUUGAUGCACCAAGUUAUGAUCUGGGAGUUGAUAAAAGUACUUUUUUCUGAAAGGGAAAAUAGUGGACAGUCAAAAUCUGUAGGUGCUGACAAUGAGGAAGAUAUGAUGCAGGAUUUGAAAGAAAGUUCUUUGGAAGUUGACCAAGAAGCACUUCCUCUUAUACGGAGAGCAGAGUUCAGUUGUUGGCUGCAAGAAAGUGUUUGCCAUCGUGUCCAAGAUGAAGUGAGCUCCUUGAAUGAAUCCAGUUAUCUAGAACACAUUUUCUUACUUCUGACCGGAAGACAACUGGAUGCAGCUGUGGAAAUGGCUGCUUCUAGAGGGGAUGUAAGACUGGCAUGUUUGUUGAGUCAGGCUGGUGGAUUGAAUCAUGCUGACAUUGCACGGCAGCUUGAUCUUUGGAGGUCAAAUGGCCUGGACUUCAAUUUCAUUGAGAAGGAGAGAUUAAGACUUUAUGAGUUGCUUUCUGGCAAUAUUCAUGAUGCUUUGCAUGAUUUUAAAAUUGAUUGGAAGAGGUUCUUAGGGUUACUGAUGUGGUAUCAAAUGCCACCUCACACGCCAUUGCCCAUCAUUUUUCAAACCUAUCAGCUCCUUUUUGUCAAUGGUAAGGCCCCAUAUCCUCUCCCAAUUUAUAUCGAUGAAGGGCCAGUAGAUGCAGAUGUGCAUUUUUCAGAGAAACACUUUGAUCUCUCAUACUAUCUCAUGCUUCUUCAUGCUAAUGGCGAGGGUGAAUUUAGCGCUUUGAAGACCAUGCUUAGUGCCUUCUCAUCAACACAUGAUCCACUUGAUUAUCAUAUGAUCUGGCAUCAGCGAGCGGUGUUAGAAGCAGUUGGCAUUUUCACUUCUAAGGAUCUACAAGUUCUAGACAUGGGACUUGUUUCUCAGCUCCUGUGUAUUGGGCAGUGCCAUUGGGCCAUAUAUGUGGUCCUUCACAUGCCUCAAUGUGAUGAUUAUCCAUAUCUCCAUGCUACUGUUAUCCGAGAAAUUUUGUUUCAAUACUGUGAAACAUGGUGUUCUGAUGAAUCACAACAACGAUUUAUUGAGAACCUUGACAUUCCAUUAUCAUGGUUGCAUGAAGCUAUGGCGGUUUAUUUCAGUUACCACGGGGAUCUCUCAAAGGCCCUUGAGCACUAUCUUGAAUGUGCAAAUUGGCAAAAGGCUCAUUCUAUUUUUGUAACUUCAGUUGCUCAUAAAUUAUUUUUGUCAGCUGACCACUCAGAGAUUUGGAGGCUUGCAAUUGCAAUGGAGGAUCAUAAAUCUGAAAUUGCAAAUUGGGACCUGGGAGCUGGAAUUUACAUAUCAUUCUAUUCAAUAAAAAAUUCAUUUCCGGAUGACACCAAUACCAUGAGUGAGCUGGAUUCUAUUGAGAGCAAAAAUUCUGCCUGCAGAGACUUCCUUGAUCAUCUUAAGGACUCUUUAGAUGUUUUGCGGGACCAAUUACCAAUGGAUGCAAGGGUAGCGUAUUCAAAGAUGGCAGAGGAGAUCUCAGAAUUGCUUCUAUCUGAUCCUGAUAUAAGAGAGGGGUCAACACGAGAUGCUCAGUUAAGCUGCUUUGACACUGUUUUGAGAGCUCCAAUUCCUGAAGACCUCCGCUCAAAUCAUUUGCAGGAUGCCGUCUCUCUCUUUACAUGUUAUCUUUCAGAGAUGGCUGCCUAGUCUUGAUGCUUCUUUGUUCAGAUUGCUAGUUUACGAUUCGAGCAUGUAGAAGUAGUGUUUCACCGUAAGCUUGUACUUGCACUCACUUCCAGUCUCUCAUGAUUGUAAUAGACACACAUCAAGUUGCACAUGAAGUUCCAUGCAAGAUAUUCUUUCCA